AUGGUUUCUCGCCUUCCACCAGAAAUUCUGCAGGACAUUUUCAAGUACAAUCUAUGUACCAAAGGCCCAAUAUUUAGAAGUUUGAAAAAAUCUUGUCUUCUGGUUAAUCGUUAUUGGUGCCACAAUGCCGUCUCGAUAAUAUGGGAGGAACCGUUAAAUGUUUGCGCAAGAUCGAAUUUCCCGGCAGAGGAUUCAAAAGAUGAUAUCAUACAAGUUUACAUCAAAAACCUUCCCCGAGAAUCCAAGGCCUUAUUAAGGGACGCCGGAAUAAUUUCUCCGGCACUAUCGGAGCAAUCAAGUACUGCCAUUAACUACGCAUCAUUCUUACAAAGGAUUGAACUACAAGGUCUUCACGAGGUUUCCACGUGUUGGGCGAUAGGGUCAAAGUGUUACAGUUCGAGUAAAUAUAAGGAAACUCAAGGGAGACGAUUGCUACUAUAUCGAGAACUAUGCAAAUUAUUUAUUUCGCAAAGUCCAAAUCUCAAAUUUAGCAUUACCCUGGAUUGCAUCAAGUGGAAUGAAUUCUCACACUUUCAACAAUUAUCCAACAUCAUUCCACCAAAUUCUACUUUGGAGAAACUAAUCUGUUACACCGGUCACAUAAAGGAAAUAUAUGAAUCAAUAGGUAGGAUGUUCACCGAGAUCAAGGAUUUAAGUGUAAACUGCAACGGUGAUGAUAAUUCGGGGCUGAACUCGUUAAUAGAUCAAAUGCGUGAGACCGCUUGGUCGUUGACAAUCUCCGGCACCCGCAGAUUACCCAUCACCGACUCUUUUAGAAAAAAGAUUCGUCUAUUGACUUCUUUGAAAAUUUACAGUGAAUCGGAAUUGGUCCCAUUGGAGGUUUUUCUUGAAUGUCAGUUUCUGAAGAUCUUAACUGUCGACGGAAGGUCCGUGGACCCUUCGUCCGUUUUCAACAUAAUCAACAGCACGCAUAAAACAAUCCAGUCUUUAUCCAUCAUUUGGUACAAGGAAACUAAUUUGGCGAAAACCAAGGAUCACUAUUUACUCUUGUCCUCCAUUCCCCAAAACUGUCCACAUCUCAAGAAACUCUUUAUUCCUUUUACCUACGCCACGUUGCAUCUAAUAAUUGAAAUACUGAAUGCUUGCAACACGUUAAGAUAUGUAAAGCUAAUGUGGCACGAUUAUCCCGUUAUAUCAAAAUCCGAUUUAUUUGUGUGGAUGGAGAAUUUGGGAAAAUCUAUUCCCUCAUCACUACAAUCUCUUCGCAUCGAUGGGUACAUGGGAUUGAGUGUCGAAGCUGUUGAUAGAUUUCUCGAUCAAUGUUUCUGGAGAGAGGUUAGAUCUCUGAAGUUGGAGAUUGAUGAUUGGGUGUCGCCGGAUUACUACAUGGAGGAUGGGGUUGAUAUGUCUGAGAGGCAUUCUAAGAUGCUUGAAAAACACAUCUCCCUGGGAACUUUACACGAGAGCUCUAGAUGA